ACUCUGGGGGGCGGAGCCUCCGCUCUCCGGGCUCCCAGGCCAAGUGUGGGGUUUCUGACGGAAGAAAAAUGGCGGCACUGGCGAUAUCGCCCCGGGGAUGGGCACUAACAGUCCUGGGCCUGAGAGCGAUGAAGUCCCGGCUGAGGGGCAGCAGGCUCCUUCACGCCCCCCCACGUCCGCUGCUGACGCCGCCCGGGGCACUCCCGCAGGUGGGCAACUCGGCGCGCUGGCAAUCGUCCACCCCCCCCUCUUCCUCCUCUACUCCCUCUCAGGCGCCGGGCUCCGAGGCCCGCGAAGGUCAAAUCCGCCUCACUGACAGCUGCGUUAAGAGACUUCUGGAAAUCACAGAAGGGGCAGAGUUCCUCCGGCUGCAGGUGGAGGGAGGUGGAUGCUCCGGAUUCCAGUAUAAAUUCUCUCUGGACACAGUUAUCAAUCCUGAUGACAGAGUGUUUGAACAGGGCGGGGCUCGUGUGGUGGUUGACACUGAUAGCUUGGUCUUCGUGAAAGGGGCCCUUGUGGACUACUGCCAAGAAUUGAUCCGAAGUUCAUUUCAAGUGUUGAACAACCCUCAGGCACAGCAGGGAUGUUCUUGUGGGACUUCAUUCUCUGUCAAACUAUAAUGUGUGAAAUGAUGAAUGGUCCAGAGACUGCCUUUCCCCUCCAACUUCAAUUCUUGAUUCCAUUUAAACGAUAGAAUUUUCCAGAGUUUUCUCCCUUGCUAUAUUAUUUACUCAAUUUCCUUUUCAUCAGCCCUGAAUGUCUAUCCUGUCUAUAUCCUGUCAUUCUAUUGUCUAUAUCCUGUCACUGUACAUCAAAAUAUCUAGUUUUUUUUUUGUGAGUGUCAGUAUGCUUCCAAGAACAUCCCAUGUAACGGCCUCAUAAUUAAGUAGAAAUUUUUCAAGCUCCCCAAAUGAUUGUUUCAGCACCAGUUGCCUGAAGGCUAAGAUUUAAUUCAGUAGACUUUAACCCCAAAAUUCCAAAAUGCAGAGAUAAUAGCUCUGGCCUUCAGAGCUGCUUGUAUAUAUGUGUGUGUUAUUAGUGUAUAUAGUAUAUAAAGUAUCUAUUUUUAAAGAAAAUCUGUUACUCAUUAUUCAGUCUUUUGACUUAGAAGUAAGUGUUGCCUGUAUAUAAUGAUUCUGAGAACUGGGAGGUGAAGAGGAGGGAAGGAUGGUUUGGAAAAAAGCUUGUGACUUUUCUUCCUCCUCCUCAUGCCUGUCAGCUGAUUUUUUUCUUCACCAAGAACAAUUGAAAAUCAGUUUUGUAUAACUGCUUCUUGACAUAAGCUUAUUAUUUCCCAGGAGCUCAGUCCCCCUUCUCCCAUUUAACAGCAUAAAAGGAAGCAUAAGAUAUAUUCGUUUGUUCCAAAUUUCUCAUGGUAUUGUGUUAGAUUCCUUAAUCAUGUGAAAAGUAGCUACCCAGAUAGAGUAGGACAAAGUUAGAUACUGAAUCUUUAACAAUUUUACAUUCGUUAAUGGUUAAGGUUUGCCUCUAUUUAGGAAUAAUGCAGUUUCAACUUAGAAGAAAACUUUUGUGGCAUCAUAAGCACUGGGAUAUAUUUUCUAGUCAUUUUCUGAGCCAAUGAAAGAAACGAUUUUUAAGUGUCAACUUCUGUGUUAUGUCACAGUCACUAAGUACCUAAGUUCAUAACAUUUUGGGGUACUCUUCAGAACAAUAAAAUAUAAUUAGUCAUUAGGGGAAAAAGGAGAAGAGAACUUGAUUUCAAAAGUGGGAAAAGUAUAAAAAUUCUUAAACUAUAGGAAGUGAUAUUAAUUCCCUGAGCAGAUCCUAGAUUAGACAAUUCAGUCGCAGUUUGAAUGUAAAAUGACCAUUCUUGGUUGUCCUUCUAAAAAUCAUAUUUCCAAUGCCUGUCAAACACCUAGCUGACUAAUUAAAAUAUUGCUCUUUAGGAAAUGUCACAUUAACUAGAUAUCCUGUCCUUCAUUCUACUUACUACUGUGAGGGAUAGCACUCCUGUCAAAAAAUGACUACUCAGAGACUUCUCGAAGUAAAAAGCAGAGAAGUUGUUGUUUAUAAAUAGAUUGUUCAUGAGAAUGAGCAAUUCCACCAUGAGGAGGGAGAGAAAGCUCACGGUAGAAGGCUUAAUAAUUAGGAAAGAUAUACAGUUUUUAUUGGUUUGGUUACAAAGGAUUACAUCAUAGGUUGGGGAACAUUAAGAAAAUAGGUGCCCUCUCCCCUUAACUGAAUGUUAGACAUGGGUGCCAACAAACCUUCAAAAUUUAGAUUACUAAGCUAACAGCGUUAGACUAAUAGUCUAAAUAUUGAUAACAUUGAAUAGUGAUAAAUGUCAUUUCAGUUUAAGUAAAUAUUGGGUAAAACAAUAUACUUAUGCAGGUCACAGAGAUAGAAAUAAUGAAAAAUAAAAUAUAGAAAAGGAACUUAAACAUUCCUGGAAGUUCUUCACUUUAUCUCCAUUCCACACACUACCUUAUCCUUUUGAUUCAGAGGCUUAUGAAUAUGAAGCAGUUGGUGGCCCAAUGGAUAGUACAAUGGUCCAAUGGAUAGUACAAUGGUCCUUGAUUUGGGAAGAUGAAUUCAAAUUCAGCCUUACCUAGUACUCAGCUGUGUGACCCUGUACAAGUUGCAUAAUCUCUGUUGCCAUUUUCUCAGUUAUAAAAUGAAAAAAUAAUAGCAUUUACCUCUUAAGAGUUGUAUUGCUCCAAUGAGAUAUGAAAUGAAAUAUUUGUAAAAAGUGCUGUUGGUUGGUUGAUCAUUGUCCUUGGUUCUUGAAGAGGACCAAAAUAACA